GGAAGUCAUGUCUUCCUUCCUAUCACUCUGGAUGUAAACAGUCGGGGAGCUAGCGUCUCUAACCUCAGGGUGUAUCGUGCAGAAGCAGCGGUUAGAUGUGAUGAACCGUCAGAGGUGUCGGUGGAAAUAGAAAUGAUCAUCUCAGCGGUCUGAAUUAAACAGGAACAACACAGGCUUCCAACCAGGCCUGCAGAUGGAGAAUGGAGACCUGGGUCACAUGAUGGGGGAGCCAGUUUCUCUGAAUGUGGGCGGCUGUGUGUACAGCACAUCUCUAUCCACACUGAAGCGCUACCCAGACUCCAUGCUGGGGGCCAUGUUCAGAGGAGACCUCCCUACUGUGAAAGAUUCACAUGGAAACUACUUCAUUGACCGCGACGGCCCGUUGUUUCGCUACAUCCUCAACUUCCUACGCACGUCAGAGCUGACACUGCCGUGUGACUUCAAAGAGAUGGAGCUGCUCAGGAAAGAGGCGGACUUCUAUCAGAUUGAGCCCCUGAUUCAGUGUCUGGGAGACCCCAAACCACUGCUGCCCUACCCCACCGACAUUUACGAGGAGGUGGUGGAGCUGUCCAGCACCAGGAAGCUGUCCAAGUACUCCAACCCUGUCGCAGUCAUCAUCACCCAGCUCACCAUCACCACCAAGGUCCAUGCAAUGUUGGAGUCCAUCUCCGGCAGUUUCACAAAGUGGAAUAAACACAUGAUGGACACCAGAGAUUACCAGGUGUCCUUCACCUUUGGCCCAUGUGACCAUCAGCAGGAGGUUAGCUUGCGCGUCCACCUGCUGGACUUCAUCUCCAAAGCUGGUUUCACGAUACGCAACACGCGAGUUCACCACAUGAGUGAACGGGCCAACGAGAACACGGUGGAACAUCACUGGACGUUCUGUCGACGAGUUCGCAAAGUGGACGACUGAUGGAUCGGCUUCAGAAUGAGCUCUCACGAGACGUCGUGUCUGGAGACGAAGAGAGACGUUGUGGAGGUGUCUUGGUUGUCGUGUUUCUUUUGUGUGGUGUUAUUUUUUAAUAGAACUGUGCAAUCUGUUCAGAGAUAGAGUAAAAAAUGAGGUCACCAAUGCUGGACACCGUAGAUGCGCAGAAUACAGUUCCAGUCAAAGGUUUGGACACAUUUUCCACUGAAUCCAAUGGGAAAGUGUUUCUCAGCUUUUGACUGGUGCUGUGUAAACAAAUAUCUUCUUAACUUUUUGGCCUUCAGUUCAGGAUAUUUUACACAAGUGGCCAACCAUUUUUUCUUUCCUUAUUAUUACCCUUUCCAGAGCAGUGAGUCACACUUUUCCUUUCAUUAAAAAAUAGCAGGCACCUUGAGCUUACAUUCCUCUGUCCAGGGAUGAGAUGUCAGAUAUGAUGUUUGUGACUACCCAUUACCAGCUUCUGUUUUAGUAUUACAAGGUGAUGAAGUCUGUGACAGGUAUGUGGAACUAAAUGGGAGAAUAGCAUCAUCACAGAUAGACCUCAUCAUAGCUGAGGUAUUCCACAUCUUUUAGGCUGGAAAUCUUUUAGUCUAACUCUCAUUUGUUUGAUAAGCCGCCUAUGCACUGACAUUAGCAAAAACAAGAUGCAAGUUUUUUCCAUAGCACACUCACAUGCUGAAAAUAGGUGCACAAAUCAGUGACGAGUAGGUGUGUAAAGAUACACACAUUGCCAACAGACUGUUGUAUCCACCAUGGAAAUAGUUUAAGCUGCUUUUUGCAUUUUUUCAUCUCAGUAUCUGAUGUAUCUUUCCAUCGUGCUCCUUUUACUAAUAUAAUCCUUUAAUAAUACAAUGAAUUUGUUAUGAUUCUGUACAUCUAUAUAUCCAAUACUGCACCUCUGACCAGCAUCUCUCUUAUGUCAGCAGGACAAUGGACAUGUUGUUAAUGCAUAUUUGUGAAUUCAUGUUCAAAUAAAACAUAAAAAAUC